AUGGGCGUUGUGGAAGCUCUAUUUGAGCAGGUCUCUCUCAAGACCACACUCAUCGUCCUCUUUGUCGCAUACUGCAUCUACUCCAUCGUCUGCCGUGUCGAUGAGCACCAACGAAUCAGACGUCUUGGUCACUAUGGACCACAUAUGAAAACAUAUGCUCCUUGGGGACUUGACAUUGUUGCGAGGUUCGUCGCGUCUACAGUCAAACACCAGAACCUAGCAACCUGGCGCGAUGACAUGUUUGGCGCUUUGAAUUCAUGGACCGUCGAGAAUCGACUCCUGGGAGUUCGAACCAUCUUCACCGCUGACCCAACCAAUCUCAAGGCUAUCUUGGCCACGCAGUUUGUUGAUUAUGGAAAGGGAAAGCCAUUCCAUGCGGAAUGGAAGGACUUUCUUGGUGAUAGCAUCUUUACUACUGAUGGAGCUCCAUGGCAUGCUAGUCGCCAGCUCAUCAGGCCCCAGUUCACACGAGACCGUGUUAGUGACUUGCACUGUUUCGAGGCUCAUAUGCAGACACUUUUUAAAGCUAUCGCCAACAGAGGACCUCUUCAUGGAGAAGAUCAACCUGUUCCUACAGAGGGUCUAGAUGGUAAAGUUCUCGAUAUUAGUGAUUUGUUCUUCCGCUAUACUCUCGAUGUAGCCACUGAAUUUCUCUUGGGAUGGGAUGUCAAGUCUCUGACUACCCCAAGGCAAGAAUUUGCAGAGGCCUUCAAUGACGUCCAGCGCAUUCAGAACAUCAUCGCUCGCACAGGAAAACUUCGCCAUAUCAUGCCAAAAUAUAAAUUCUGGCGAGGACUCAAGACGGUGAACCACUUCAUCAACUUCUACAUUGAGCGGGCAUUGCGCCUAAGCCCUGAAGAGCUGAACUCCAAGGCAAAGGACGACCACAGCUACACCUUUCUCCAUGCUCUCGCCGGCUUCACACGUGAUCGCAAGGUCCUUCGCGAUCAGAUCAUCGCCGUGCUUCUUGCAGGAAGAGACACCACUGCUGCGACUCUCUCAUGGACUCUCUAUGAGCUUGGAAGGCAUCCUAACGCUGUCAAGAGGUUACGUUCUGAGAUUCUCUCAACACUUGGCACUGAGAGGACACCUACAUACGAGGAUCUCAAGAGCAUGAGCUACCUCAAGGCUGUUCUCAAUGAGACGCUCCGACUAUACCCAGCUGUGCCAUUUAAUGUUCGCCUUGCUCUCAAGGAUACAACUCUCCCCCGGGGAGGUGGUCCAGAUGGCUCCGAGCCACUCCCCGUUCUAAAGGACUCGCCCGUCGCUUAUUCGACUCUGGUUAUGCAGCGACGUUCGGAUCUAUAUCCUCCUAUCAGCGACACGUUCGCUGACCCUCAGAUCUUCAGCCCAGAAAGAUGGGCGCAUUGGCAUCCCAAACCACACGAUUACAUCCCCUUUAACGCCGGUCCUAGAAUUUGCAUCGGUCAGCAGUUUGCAUUGACCGAGAUGAGUUAUGUUCUUUGCCGCCUGUUCCAGAAAUUCGAGCGUGUAGAGAGCAGAAUGAAAGAUAUAGAUGGUGGGGAGCCUCUCCUGAAAGCAGACAUCGUUCUUUCGCCUGGUCAGGGGGUCAAUGUUGCAUUUUGGGAAGCUAAGAAGUGA